GAGGAUCUACAAAUUACAGGACAACUGUUUGUAACACUCAUAGUAGGAUACUCAUUACUUUGUGUGACCGGUUUCCCCAAUGUCAUUGGUGCACUGGACUGCACACACAUAAGGAUAAAAGCUCCCUCAGGUGCCCAUGAGGCGGAUUUUGUGAAUAGGAAAUCCUUUCACAGCAUUAAUGUUCAGAUUGCCUGCAAUGCUGACUGUGUGAUCAGCAAUGUUGUGGGAAAAUGGCCUGGCUCAGUCCAUGACUCCAGAAUCUUUCGGGCCUCUGAAAUCUAUCAGCACCUAUCACAAUGUGAAUUCUCUGGUGUGUUGCUGGGAGACAGGGUGUAUGGCUGCCAGCCUUUUCUCCUAACACCUUUCACAGACCCCCAGGAAGCACAGCAGGCCUACAACCACGCCAAUGCCAGGACCAGGGCCAGAGUUGAAAUGACCUUUGGCCUCCUGAAGGCACGCUUUCACUGCCUUCACAAAUUAAGGGUCAGCCCUGUGAGGGCAUGUGACAUUACUGUGGCUUGUGCUGUCCUCCACAAUGUGGCCUGCCUGAGGAAGGAGAGCGCACCCAGAGUGCCACCAGCCAUGGACUAGGACAAUCCGUCAAUCUUCCCUGAUGACGACUGGUCGGCUGCUGAGGGACCAAUAUGUGUUGAAUUAUUUUAGUUAGUAUGUGUUCUUUCAAUUUUGGUUAAAUAUGUCCUGUGGUGGCAGAGGAAUUUGUUUUUUUGUGUUCAAUUUUUGUUUUUUUUUAUUAAUUUGGCCUCUUAUGAUGUUUGUGCUGUAUACUGUGUGUAAUACAAGCUUGCAGGGAGGCUACUGCAUUCAUUUAUUUGUCUGUUCAGUUGAUGUGUAUGGAUUUGUCCUGCAUUUAUUUCAGUGUGCAGACAUGCGGGGUGUGUUAUAUACAGACCUCUGAAUGUGUAUUUAUCCUUUUGUUGUACUGUAUAAUAUGCUUUGAUUCUGUGCUUUCCAUCUUGUAGAGUCACUGUGUGACUUCAGUUUCGAAAGGAGCUGAUGGUUUACCAGCUUUGUUUCAUCCUUAUUCAAUAAAGGAACAUAAUGUUA